AUGCAAAUAGCGGGUAAGUUUUCAGGAGAUCAAGAUAUUGCUGUUAAGAGGCUUUCAAGUGUUUCAGGACAGGGUGUGGAGGAGUUUAAGAAUGAGGUUGUGUUGAUUGCUAAGCUCCAACAUCGAAAUCUUGUUAGAAUUUUGGGCUACCGUAUAGAAGGCGGCGAAAGGAUUUUGCUUUAUGAAUGCACGCCUAAUAAAAGCUUAGAUUUCUUUAUAUUUGAUCGUACUCUCAGUGUUUUACUAGAUUGGGAGACACGCUUCAAUAUCAUUUUAAGAAUUGCUUCAAGACUUGUCUAUCUUCUUCAAGAUUCUAGGUUGAGAAUCAUUCACAGAAAUUUGAAAACUAGUAACAUUUUAUUAGAUCAUAAGAUGAAUCCCAAAAUUUCUUUUGGGUUGGCAAAGAUUUUUGAAGGAACACAAACAAAGGGGAUCACAAAUCGAGUGGUGGGAACUUAUAGUUAUAUGUCCCCGGAAUAUGCAUUAAAUGGAUUUUUCUCAGUCAAAUCUGAUGUUUUUAGUUUUGGUGUGGUGGCACUUGAGAUUAUAAGUGGAAAAAAGAACACUGGAUUCUUCAAUUCAGAAGAAGCUUUAAGCCUACUAGGUUAUGCAUGGAGAUUGUGGCGAGAAGACAAGGCACUGGAUUUAAUUGACCAGAAACUGAGAGAAAGUUGGAAAACAGACGAAAUAUUGAAGUGCAUAAAUAUUGGCCUCUUAUGCGUGCAAGCAGACCCAGAUGAUCGUCCCACCAUGUCUAUGGUUAUUGUCAAGCUAGGCGGUGAAACUGUGACCCUUCCAACUCCCAAACCACCAGCCUUCAUUUUAAAAAGACGACUGCUUGGCAUGCCUUCUUCUUCCAGCAGUAAACCAGAAACAAACUUAGAAAUUACAGUCAGUUUAGAAGGUCGGUAG